AUGUUGGCUGGUGUUGAGUUUAUCAAGACGCCAGAGGCUCCUCCUCAGCCUCCAGCUUCUGACGCUAGCGGUGUUCGUACCACGAGCUCCCCUGCUAUUCACAAUGCCCCAUUGCCAGCAGACGGCCCAGGCAGCAGAAGCUUCAGUAACGCUGCCAUGAUUGCCCUUUUGGCUGGUAUUCCAUGGCUUGUUGUGAGAAGAUUGGGUCUUGGUUUCAAGACUUGGAUUUUCUUCUUCAUCUUGUUGGCAAUUCCUAUCUUGAUGGCCUACUGGACCCUCAUGUCCACCUUCAGCCCUCGUCUUAACGAGAAGGUCAAGUACCCAGGUAAGCCAAUCUCUACUUACUUGGAGUUCCACACUCCUGAAUUGAAGGCCAAGUACAUCGACUCCAACGGUGGCAAGGGUACUAAGAUCCCAAUGGAGACUUUCCACGAGUUGUACUUCGAGGGUAAGGUUUCCUUCAAGGGUGACGCUUUGGAUAUCAUGGAAUACAGACACGACUGGGCCAACUUCCGUUUCACUUUGUCUCUUUUCCGCUUCUUCUUGUUGGGAAUGAUCCCAGAAGUGAUUAUGCACUCGCAGUCUCAGGAUGAGGAGCAGGUCAGAGACCACUACGACAGAGGUGACGAUUUCUACACCUGGUUCUUGGGUCCACGUAUGAUCUACACCUCGGGAACCAUCUCUGACAUCACCUCCGAGGAAACCUUGGAGGAAUUGCAAGACAACAAGUUGAACGUGGUUGCUUCUAAGAUUCAAUUGGACAAGGACGACCACGUCUUGGACUUGGGUUGCGGUUGGGGUACUUGGGCCACUUUCGGCUCCUCCCAAUUUGGCUCUAAGAUCACCGGUAUCACUUUGGGAAGAAACCAGACCAAGUGGGGUAACCAGCUCUUGUCUGACUAUGGUGUGCCAUCUGAUCAGUCGAGAAUUGUGUGCUGCGAUUACAGAGAUGCUCCAAAGUCCGAGAAGCCAAGUGGUAAGUACGACAAGAUCACCUGUCUUGAGAUGGCCGAGCACGUUGGUAUCAGAAGAUUUGGUACCUUCUUGGCUCAGGUCUACGACUCUUUGGAAGAUGACGGUCUUUUCUUCUUGCAGUACGCUGGUUUGAGAAAGUCCUGGCAAUACGAGGACUUGGUCUGGGGAUUGUUCAUGAACAAGUACAUUUUCCCAGGUGCCGAUGCCUCUACUCCUGUUGCUUUCGUUGUUGGUGCUUUGGAGAGCGCUGGCUUUGAGAUUGUGUCUGUUGAGAACAUUGGUGUGUCUUACUCUGCUACUUUGUGGAGAUGGUACAGAAACUGGAUGGGUAACAAGGACAACGUGAUCAACAAGUACGGUAUCAAGUGGUUCAGAAUCUGGGAGUACUUCUUGUCGUCGUCUACCAUCACUGCCAGACAGGGAGGUGCUGCCUGUUUCCAAUUUGUCUUGAGAAAGAACAUCAACUCCUACCACAGAGUGAACUAUGUUCCUUCCCAGCACGGUGUUAUCACGCCAGCCAAGGAGGGCAUCAAGUGGGCCAAGCAGUAA